AUGGAAAUUAUUGCUACUCCCAUUGCAGAAAAAGUUGCUGAGAAACUGGUUGCUCGAAUUGGACGUCACCUGGGUUAUCUGUUUAACUACCGUAGCAACAUUUUGGAUCUCACCCAACAAAUUGAGAAGCUUCGUGAUGGAAGAUGGCUGUCACGUGCUGAAGAGAUCAUAAAAGAAACAGACAAAUUCCUUGAGGAUGAAAGGGAUGCAAACAGGGGCUGUUUUAACUUGAAGCUGCGGUACCAGCAAAGCAAGAAAGCAAGUGGCCAGGCAGGGGAUAUUCUUAAUAAAAUCCAAGAGACUGAUAAGUUUGGCAAAGUAGCACAUGAGCCUCCUCUACCAGGGAUCGGGUCUUCGUCUGUCAGCGGUUCGGAAGUUUUGGAAUCGAGAGAGACAACUUUAAACCAAAUUAUGGAGGUCUUCAGAGAUGAAGAUAUAAGGAUGGUUGGGGUAUGGGGGAUGGGCGGUGUGGGCAAAACCACGCUUGUGCAACAAGUCGCCAAACAAGCCAAUGAAGAAAAGCUAUUUGACACAGUGGUCAUGGCGUUGAAUAUAUCCCAAACUCCGAACGUGACAAAAAUUCAAGGAGAAAUUGCGAGCAUGUUAGGCUUGAAACUUGAGGGGGGAUAUGAAGCGAAAAGAGCAGUUCGCCUAAGUCAAAGCUUGAAGAAACACAAGAAGAUCCUGGUGAUUUUAGAUGAUAUCUGGGAGCCCAUCGCGUUUGAAAGGAUUGGAAUUCCUUAUGGAUCAGAUGAUCAUAAGGUGGGGUACUGUAAAGUGCUGCUGACUUCAAGAGAUCAUCGCGUGUUAUCUAAGGAUAUGGGUACUCAUAGGGACUUCCAUGUUCAACAUCUUUGUAAAGAGGAAGCCUGGAGUUUAUUUAAGCAGACGGCAGUUGCACUUGUAACAAUUGCAAAGGCACUAAGGGAUGAGGGGGUGGCUGUAUGGAGGAAUGCCUUGAAAGAACUUAAAAGGUCUGCACCAAUAAACAUCCCCGGAGUGAGUAAAAACGUGUAUUCAUGUCUGGAGUUGAGCUACAACCAUUUGGAAAGUGAUGAAGUUAAAUCAUUGUUCUUACUCUGUGGUUUGCUGGGCGAUGGCGAUAUUUCAUUGGAUGACUUGUUAAAAUAUGGCAUGGGUUUGGAUUUGUUUGAUUACAUGGAUUCAUUGGAGCAAGCAAGAGAUACAAUAGUUACCCUGGUGAAAAUCCUUAAAGACUCGAGCCUGUUGCUUGACUCACUUAAAGAUGUACACUAUCGUCGUAAACCUUCAAGUUUGUUUUUUGUGGAGGAAAGUAAUGGGUUUAUCAGAAUGCAUGACGUGGUUCGUGAUGUUGCCAAAGCAAUUGCAUCGAAAGAUCCUCAUCAUCGAUUUGUGGUGAACGAAGAUGUUAGAUUACAAGAAUGGGAAAAGAGGGACGGUGAGUUGAGAAAUUGUGCUGGCAUAUCUUUGAAAUGCACACAUGUCCAUGAGCUUCCAGAAGGAUUGGUAUGUCCCAAACUUAGAUUCUUUUUGUUGAAUAGUAAUGAUAAUUCCUUGAAAAUUCCGGACACCUUUUUCAAAGAGAUGAAAGAAGUCAGGGUUUUAAGCUUGUUUAGAAUUGAUCUUACACAAUUGCCUUCAUCACUUCACUUUCUUUCAAAUCUUCGAACAUUGUGUCUAUGCGAAUGUGGGAUGUUGAAAGACAUAGCAAUACUUGGAGGACUGAAGAAGCUACAAAUUCUUAGCCUUGUAGGUUGUGAGAUUCAAGAGUUGCCCAAAGAAAUGAUGCAAUUGACUGAUCUAAGGAUGUUGAGUUUGAGGGGUUCCUCAAUUCUCGUUCCAAGAAAUGUGAUAUCAAGCCUAUCUCGGUUAGAGCAUAUUUGUAUGAUGAAUAGUAAUAAUAUGUGGUGGGAUGCAGCUAAUGAUAGACGGAGGAAUGCUUGGCUUUUUGAGUUGAAAUACUUGUCCUGUUUGAGGGCCUUGGAAGUGAAAAUACCCUAUUCAUAUUUGCUUCCAGAAGAUGUAUCCUUUGAGAACCUCACUAGAUAUGAUAUAUUUAUAGGCCGUAUUGUAGUCUGGGAUGAUUAUGAUAAAAGGGCCUUAAGAAGGUUGAGGGUCGAAGGGGUCAAAGGCCCACAUCUGGUGAAGUGCUUCUCUAGGCUGUUAAAGACGGUUGAAGUUCUAGAAUUGUGGGGAUUGGAUGAUACCAAACAUUUUGUUUAUGAGUUAGACAACGACGGUUUUCGUCAACUCAAGUAUCUGUCCAUCUUUGCGGGCUUUGAGAUGCAAUACAUCAUGAAUACAAUCGAAAUGGAAUGGGUUGACCCACCGCAUAGCGCCUUUCCUCUCUUGGAGGAAUUACAGCUUAGCUACCUCUGCAACUUGGAAGCAAUAUGCCAUGGCCCAAUUCCGAUAGGGUGUUUUGCCAACUUAAGAACUCUGAUAAUAGAGCACUGUGGCAGCUUGAAAUAUAUUUUAUGGCUUCCCACAACACAAGGAAGGGAAUCAGUACUAGAGUUUCCUCAACUGCGAUUCUUGAAACUGAAAAAUCUACGAAAUCUCAUUGACUUCUACUCCGUAGGAAGCAGUCGCAGCCAGGAGCCAUUCAUCCCUCUUUUCAAUCAGAAGGUUGCACUCCCCGGGUUGGAGUUGUUACGUUUGGAUUCAAUGGAAAAUGUCAUAACAAUAUGGGACAACCAACAUCCUGUAGGUUCCUCUAGCAAAUUGAAGGAUUUGUAUCUCUUCGGCUGUAACAAUCUAUUGACUGUUUUUCCAUCCAAUUUCUUAAAAGGGUUACAAAGUCUACAAAUUCUAGAGAUAGAAGAUUGUUGUUCUUUGAAAUCGAUUUUUGAAGUGGGAGAAAUAAAUAGGGAAAAAUCCGAUGGUAUCACAAUCCCUCAAUUGAAAGAAAUGUCUUCAUUUGGUCAAAAUAUAAUGAGUGUGAAGAAGAAGGAUCCCCAAGGAUAUCUUGCCUUUCAAAAUCUAAAUUCAUUGAAAGUUGGUAAAUGUGCUUCCCUGAGAUAUCUUUUUCCAGCUUCGGUUGUGAAAGGCCUUGUGCAACUUGAGGUUCUAGAGAUAUCCGAUUGUGGAGUGGAGGAAAUUGUUGCAAAUGAAAAUGGACUUGAAGCGGCGCCUAUUUUUUUAUUCCCUAGACUAACCUCUCUCAAACUUAUUAAAUUAUACCAGCUCAAGAGAUUCUAUCGGGGUAUGUAUACUUUGGGAUGUUCACUCUUGAAAGAAUUGGUGGUACGCAAUUGUGAUGAAGUGGAACUACUGUUGCAAGAAAAAAGUCUUCAAGGUGAAGUUGAUAAACAACCUCUCUUCUUGGUUGAAAAGGUUGCACUCCCCGGGUUGGAGUUGUUACGUUUGGAUUCAAUGGAAAAUGUCAUAACAAUAUGGGACAACCAACAUCCUGUAGGUUCCUCUAGCAAAUUGAAGGAUUUGUAUCUCUUCGGCUGUAACAAUCUAUUGACUGUUUUUCCAUCUAAUUUCUUAAAAGGGUUACAAAGUCUACAAAUUCUAGAGAUAGAAGAUUGUUGUUCUUUGAAAUCGAUUUUUGAAGUGGGAGAAAUAAAUAGGGAAAUAUCCGAUGGUAUCACAAUCCCUCAAUUGAAAGAAAUGUCUUCAUAUGGUCAAAAUAUAAUGAGUGUGAAGAAGAAGGAUCCCCAAGGAUAUCUUGCCUUUCAAAAUCUAAAUUCAUUGACAGUUGGUAAAUGUGCUUCCCUGAGAUAUCUUUUUCCAGCUUCGGUUGUGAAAGGCCUUGUGCAACUUGAGAACACAUUUCCUAACGUGGAGGCGCUGAACUUGGUCUUCAAGGGCCCCGUGGAGAUAUGGUGUGGCCAAUUUUCAAGGGAGUCAUUUGGCAAACUAAGAGUUUUGGAGAUAGAAGCGUGUCAUGAUAUUUCGCUUGUGAUCCCACAUACUAUAGAGCAGCUCAUCGUGAGAAGGUGUGAUUCAGUGGAAAAGGUAAUCCAAGUGGAAGGUCAUGCGGGUGAGACACUUCCACGGUUAACUAUAAUGUACUUGGAAGAUCUACCUAUGCUUAGGCAUCUAUCUGGGUUGGGGCCAAUUCUUCAAAAUCUUCAGUCUCUACAAGUAUCUCGAUGUAGAAAUUUGAUAAAUUUGGUAUCACCUUCAAUGGCUAAAAGACUAGUGCAACUCAAAGAGCUGACUGUUGACUAUUGUGAUGAGGUGAAAGAAAUAGUUGAAAAUGAAGGAGGUGAAGCAACGGAUGAUGAGAUUCUUUUCACCAAAUUACAAAAACUGAAACUUUCUUUUUUACCAAAUCUGAAAAGCUUUUGCUCAGCAAGAUACACUUUCAAAUUCCCAUGCUUGAUAGAAAUGCAGGUGAUAAAAUGCCCCAAGAUGGAGUUUUUUUGCAAAGGAGACUCAAUCACAGAAAGCUUACAGAGAGUGGAGAUGGGUGAUUAUGGCCAACGUUGGGAGAAUGACCUGAAUACUACCAUACAAAAGAUGUUUAUGGAGAUGAAUGCCGAGCCUCCCAUGGAAGAGGAUUCUGAAGGACGAAGUGGAUCCUUGAGGCCAGGAUCCUGA